CUUCAAGGUUAUAAAUUGAAUAUGAAAUAAAAAAUGAAAAUUGGUGGUCUGUUUUUUUUAUCUUGUUGAUCGAAAAUACACUGUUUUACAAUAUUUCAUCAGAAUUCAGAAUAUUCUAUAAGUGAUUGGAUUUGCAAUGCCAGCAACUCCCCCUCAAAUAUCACCUGUGGAAGAGCAGGAAAAAUAUCUUCACGAUGCCCUGGGUAUCGUUAAAGCUCAAGCUUUCCAUAUGAAACGCGCUUUGGACAAGAAUAAGCUUAUGGAAGCUUUGAAAAAUGGAAGUGCAAUGUUGGCUGAACUCAGGACAUCUCUUUUAUCACCUAAAAGUUAUUAUGAACUCUAUAUGGCCAUAUCUGAUGAGUUAAGACAUCUGGAACUGUAUCUAGUAGAUGAAUUUCAGAAAGGCAGGAAAGUUCCAGACUUAUAUGAAUUAGUACAAUAUGCUGGUAAUAUUGUGCCAAGAUUAUAUCUGCUCAUAACUGUUGGAUUAGUUUACAUAAAAACAAACUCUGCACUGAGAAGAGAUCUGUUAAAAGAUUUAGUAGAGAUGUGUAGAGGUGUUCAACACCCUUUGAGAGGUUUAUUCCUGCGUAAUUACCUUCUACAAUGCACCAGAAAUGUCCUUCCUGAUGCACCAGACUCAGAUGAAGGAGACAACCCUGAAGGUACUGUAAAAGACUCCAUUGACUUUGUUCUCAUGAAUUUUGCUGAAAUGAAUAAACUGUGGGUGAGGAUGCAACAUCAAGGCCAUUCAAGGGAUAGACAGAGUAGAGAGAGAGAAAGGGAAGAACUGAGGAUUUUGGUGGGUACCAAUUUGGUGAGACUGAGCCAGCUUGAAUCAGUCACUUUAGGGACAUAUCAGAAGUCUGUUUUGCCUGGUAUUCUAGAACAGGUGGUUAGUUGUAGAGAUGCAAUAGCUCAAGAAUAUCUGAUGGAAUGUAUAAUUCAAGUAUUCCCAGAUGAGUUUCAUAUUCAAACUCUCACUCCAUUUUUGAAAUCCUGUGCUGAACUUGAACCAGAUGUUAAUGUGAAAAAUAUUGUCAUUUGUUUGAUGGAAAGGCUGGCUGCUUUCAGUAGAAGAUCAGAUGCUAGUGGUGGGGAAGGGUCUGAUGUUCUCCAAGAAGUUGAACUCUUUGAAGUUUUCUCCACUCAAGUGUCAUCCAUAAUUGCAAAUCGCCAAUAUUUACCACCAGAAGAUAUGGUAGCUCUACAAGUGGCUCUGGUCAAUCUAGCUUUGAAGUGUUAUCCUGACAGGAUUGAUUAUAUUGAUAAAGUGAUGCUGUCCACUGUGGAGGCAAGUAUAACUUUAUUAUGGACUUGGCGAUUGGGCCUCGAGCACCUCGAAUCCCACUCCGCCGUAGCCAAAGAGCUACAGAAACUCCUCAAAAUCCCCCUGGACAACUAUAACAACCUCUUGAUGGUACUCAAACUCAAACACUACGCCGGCCUGAUGCAACAUCUAGACUAUCACGGCCGCAAAUCUCUGAGCAUCUACAUCUUGAACAACGCCCUCGAGAACGAGACCGUCGUGCCUACGGCAGAGGAGGCCGAGCAGGCCCUCACUCUGCUGAGCACGCUGUUCUCGGAUAAGAACGAGCAAUCGGUGGCGGAGGUGGAUAUGGAAGAGCUGGCGGAGGAGCAGUGCUUGCUGGCCAGGUUCAUCCACCAGUUGAGAUCGGAGAUUACCGAUGAUCAGUAUCUCAUACUGACUACAGCAAGACAGAUCUUGAAUACAGGAGGUCCGCUCAGAAUAAAAUACGUACUUCCCCCACUCAUCUUCCAAGCCUACCAACUAGCUUACAAAUUUCGCGACCAAAAAGACGACAAAUGGGAGAAAAAGUGCACGAAAAUCUUCCAGUUCUGCCAUCAGACCAUCACAGCCCUGGUCAAAGCAGAACUGGCCGAUCUACCACUACGCCUGUUCCUCCAAGGCGCCCUCGCCAUCGACCAAAUCAGGUUCGAGAACCACGAAACAGUGGCCUACGAGUUCAUGUCCCAGGCCUUCUCCCUCUACGAGGACGAGAUCUCCGACUCGAAGGCCCAGCUGGCCGCCAUAACUCUCAUCGUGGGCACUCUGGAGCAGAUCAGCUGCUUCUCCGAGGAAAACUCCGAUCCUCUGCGCUCCCAGUGCGCUCUGGCAGCCAGCAAACUCCUCAAGAAGCCCGACCAGUGCCGGGGAGUCGCCACCUGCUCGCACCUCUUUUGGAGCGGCAGGAGUUUGGCGAAGAACGGCGAGGAGAACCGGGACGGGAAACGCGUGGUGGAGUGCCUGAAGAAGGGUAUUCGUACUGCGAAACAGUGCAUGGACGUCAGCGUGCAGAUACAGCUGUUUGUCGAGCUGCUCAACCACUACGUUUACUUCUUCGAGAAGGGGAACGAGCAGAUCGAUGCUGACAUUCUCAAUCAGUUGGUCAAGAAGAUUAAGAUAGAACUGGCGAAUUUGGAGUGCUCGGACGAGUCUGAGCAGAUAACUAAGCAUUUCAACAACACCAUGGCACAUUUGAAGUUGAGGAUGGAGUCUCCUGACGACAAAGACGUUUAUAGGGGAGUCAAUUUGAAUCCGGAUUUGGCGGAAGAUGAUAACAGUAGUAAGAAAGUUGAGGCCAAGUAGUGGAGUAUCGAAUGCAUUUUAUUGAAUUUAUCUUUAAGAGUAAACUGUUAGAUUUAUAGUUGAAAGUGUAUUGAAAGACUUAAUGUUAUUGUUCUAUUUUAUUUUCUAGUUGAAUAUAUACAUACUUAUAUCAUGAUAGUAUAUUUUAUUUCCAUUGCAUAUUUAACGCCUCCAGUUCCU